UGCACCACUUUCUUCUCCAAGUUUCAUCACCCUGAUCGAUCUGAUCACCCCACACACACACAAACACACAGUUAUACACACAUAUACAUACAAAAAAAAAAAAGAGAGAGAGUGUGUCUGGAUAUAAAUAAUAAUGGAGGGGUUUGACGAGGGCAUAUACAUGGGAACAACCGAGGUCGGAGAAGAGAUCAAUCCACAUGACGACGCCAUGCACUACGGCUUCGAUGGCGGCAGCGGCGUCGCGCCGCCGCCAAUUGACGGAUUCUAUGGAAGCCCCAUCAACGACAACAUCAACAACAACAACAACAACAGCAUGCAGUCCCCAAAGGGAUACGGCUUCGUCGGCUCCCCCCAGGCUUAUUCACCCUCUCCAUUCGUCGGCGGCGGCGGCGGGGGGGAUGAAUACGCGAAGCCAUACGACGCCGCAGCUGACAAUGAAGGGAUUUUCACAUCUCCAGACGGUGGGCCUCUGCUUCCUGAUCCCAGCCAGAUGCGUGAAGAAGGCACUGCUUUUCGCGAAUGGCGUCGUCAAAAUGCAAUUUAUCUAGAGGAGAAAGAGAAGAAGGAAAAGGAGCUAAGGAAUCAGAUAAUUGCCGAAGCUGACGAGUACAAACGCCAAUUUUACGAAAAGAGGACUCAGACUUGCGAGACUAACAAGGCUCAGAACAGGGAAAGGGAGAAACUUUACCAUGCGAACCAAGAGAAGUUCCAUAAGGAAGCCGACAAACAGUUCUGGAAAGCAAUAGCAGAGAUCAUACCUCGCGAAGUUCCAAAUAUAGAGAAGAGAAGAGCGAAAAAAGAAGAAGAUAGAAAAGCUUCGGUGUUUGUUAUUCAAGGACCAAAGCCCGGAAAGCCAACUGAUAUGACACGAAUGCGUCAAGUCCUUUUGAAGCUUAAGACGACCCCUCCUCUUCAUAUGAUUCCACCCCCACCCCCACCGGAAAAAGACGAUAAGAACCCUAAGGAUGGGAAUAAUUCCAAGGAAGGGAAGGAUGCUAAGAAUGAGAAAGCGGCUACGCCUAAAGCAUCCGAAGAGGGCAAAGAUGGAAAAGAUGGAAAAGAUGUGAAGGAAGCUACACCGAAGGCAGCCCCUGCCGCGGGAGAAAAGGGAGAAAAGGCUGUUUCACCUUCUAAAGAUGCAGCGAAAAGUGUUACUCCUAAAACACCCAAAACCGACGAGUCGUCUGUUACUACUGAAGGCAAACAAAAUCCGGAGACGGAGUCCUCCACCGUUGCUUGAUUAUUGAAUCUUUAGAUUUUUUAAAUUAAUUGUUAUUUGUUUUGAUAUAGUAAUCAUUU